CUGUGCAUUCAAAGUGCCAGUCAUUCAAGAUUUUAGUACACUCGAUAUCUGUUUCUCAUUAAUGUUGCAUUAGACUAAUUCAAUAAACAAUGGGUGCAGUACGUGUAAUUAAUGACGAUGGUCAAUUCUACGGUGAAAUGGCUAGUGCUGGUACAAAAUUGGUCGUGGUAGAUUUCACGGCAACAUGGUGUGGUCCUUGCCAGAGAAUUGCACCAGUCUUUGAACAAUUAUCAGUUAAAUAUCCAAAUGCAGUAUUUCUUAAGGUUGAUGUAGACAAAUGUGCAGAAACUGCUGCUGUGCAAGGAGUUAGUGCAAUGCCUACAUUCAUAUUUUAUCGUAACCAAUCAAAAUUGGGCCUAUGUCAAGGAGCAGAUCCAGUUGGGCUAGAAUCAAAAAUUCAACAGUUUUAUGGCAAUGGAAGUUCUGAAGAAACUGAAAGCCCAGUGUCUGGACAUACUGAUUUAUCUUCUUUCAUUACCAAAACACAAUGUGAAUGUUUAAAUGAAUCUGACGAACAUAACUUCUUACAAUGUUUGACUGCUGAUGAUGGAUACCUUGAAAGUGAUUGUGAUGAGCAAUUAAUAUUGUCCAUUACAUUUUCACAAGCAGUCAAAAUUCAUUCACUGAAGUUUAAAGCACCCAGUGAUAAAGGACCAAAAAAUAUCAAAUUAUACAUCAACCAACCUAGAACAAUUGAUUUUGACAUGGCUGAUUCUAAUACAAGCAUUCAAGAUCUUACAUUAACAACAAAGGAUAUUGAAGAAGGCAAUCCAGUUCCCUUACGUUUUGUUAAGUUCCAAAAUGUACAGAAUCUACAAAUUUUUGUAAAAGACAAUCAAAGUGGUAGUGAAACAACAAGGAUCGAUCAUUUGGCUAUAAUUGGUUCAAUAAUUUCAACUACAAACAUGGGAGAAUUCCGGAGAGUAACUGGUAAAAAAGGAGAAAGUCAUUAACAAUAAAUGUAUUACUCAUAAUGAAUUGUAACAGAAUAUGUUAUUUCAAAUAAACUUUGUUUUUCUCGUACUAUAUUCCCGGAUUAUAUAAACAUUUCAUUGUGAAUAUAUAUAUUUUUUUUGUUAAGUUAUUUUCGCGAUACAAAAAUAUUUUUAUUCUGCAAAGUUGAAAAUAAACUAAAAAUUAAAGCGUCUA